AUGGCUCUGAACCUGAAGACUGUGUUCCACGUGUUGGUGUUUAGCUGGUAUGCCUUUGUGGUUCAAAGUAUGGCAGCUAAAGAUGGGGAAGAACUGCCACCUGGGAUUUUUGUGUACGGAGGUCCAUGGAAAUAUCUCACUUUUCUAAAUCUGUUGCUGCAGAUGGUGUUUUUCGGUCUGGCCGCAGCCUCAGAUCUGCAGGACGGGAAGAAGACCCAGAGCUCUCUGAACAAGUGCAAAGACCUGCUGUUCUCUGUGUUUGGGUUUCCUGUGGGAAUGUUUGUGGUCUUGCUCUUCUGGUCGUUGUUUGCCUACGACCGAGAGCUGGUCUAUCCGGCUUCCAUCGACAAGUUCUUCCCUCCCUGGAUGAACCACGCUAUGCACACCUUUGUCUUGCCCAUUUUACUGGCUGAAGUUUUUAUACAGCAUCAUGUUUACCCAAAGACCCAACAGGCCGUGGGCGCUCUGACCCUCGUGGGCGUGUCCUAUUUAUCGUGGAUCGUGUGGGUUUACUUAUCGGUCGGGAUCUGGGUCUACCCUCUCCUCAAAUACUUCAGCGCUGUCGGACUGGUGGGGUUUUUCCUCUUCAACAUGACCGUGGUGACAGGGCUGUAUGUGGCCGGGGAGAAACUCAACAACAAACUAUGGGGUAAAGAAAUUGAACAGAUGUCGACAAAGCAAAGAUAA